AUGUCGUCGCGCACACCUCUCCGCCCCGGAGUCUAUGCUCCUACCAUGACCUUUUUCAACCCAGACACCGAAGACCUCGACGUCCCCACCAUCCGCCGCCAUGCUGUCCGCCUGGCGAAGGCCGGUCUCGUCGGUCUGGUCACUAUGGGUUCCAACGGAGAAGCUGUGCACCUCACCCGCGAGGAGCGCAAGACCGUCAUCCGUGAGACGCGGACCGCACUCGUGGAAGCCGGCUUCUCGAACGUGCCCGUGAUCGCCGGCGCCAGCGAGAACAGCAUCCGCGGCACCAUCGAGCUGUGCCAGGAGUGCGCGGACGCGGGCGCCGAGUACGUCCUCGUCGUGCCCCCGAGCUACUACCGCUACGCCGUCGGCAACGACGAGACCCUGUAUGAGUACUUCACCGCCGUCGCCGACGGCUCCCCGCUCCCCAUCAUCCUGUACAACUACCCCGGCGCCGUCGCCGGCAUCGACAUGGACUCCGACCUCAUCAUCCGCAUCUCGCAGCACCCCAACAUCGUCGGCACCAAGUUCACCUGCGCCAACACGGGCAAGCUCACGCGCGUCGCCGGCGCCCUCAACGCCAUCGCGCCGCCGUCGCCCCUCGCCCCGGCCACCAAGACGCCCUCGACCAAGCAGGUCGAGAACCACCCCUACGUAGCCUUUGGCGGCAUCGCCGACUUCGCCCUGCAGACGCUUGUGUCUGGCGGCUCGGCCAUUCUGGCCGGCGGAGCCAAUGUCCUCCCCCGGCUCUGUGUGCAGAUCUUCAACCAGUGGAGCGAGGGCCGGCUGACCGAGGCCAUGGAGACCCAGCAGUUGCUGAGCAAGGCGGACUGGGUCCUGACCAAGGCUGCCAUUCCCGGUACCAAGAGCGCCAUCCAGAGCUAUUAUGGUUACGGCGGAUACCCUCGGCGGCCGUUGGGCCGAUUAAGCGAGGAACAGGCGCAAUCCUUGGCGGACAAGAUCAAGGAUGCGAUGGAGGUUGAGCGGGCAUUGCCUGAUAUUGCAUAG